UGGUUCCAACUUCAGGGCAAAGAAUCUCCCUAAUAAGGCCCGUCCCCCAUCGGCACACGACACGUGGCGCCACACUCACCGUUCAACCGACGUGCGCCUCGGACAAUAACCGGUACUACUACUCUCCCGCCGUUCCUGUAUAACCGGAUCCACUUCCCACAUUCCUAUUACUACGACCUCUGCGUUCUCCAUCUCGAUCGAGAGGCGCAUCACGCUUAGAACUCGAUGGAUUCGACCGAGGUCGAGAUCAAGAAAAGCGAUGGACAAUUGAAGCGCCUAGGGUUUGUAAGGAUGAUAGCGAUCAACGCUCUGAUAUGCGUGUCGAAUCUGUACGAAUAUGCGAAGCAGAGCUCUGGUCCCUUGAAAUCCACAGUCGAAACCGUGGAGAGUACUGUAACCACAGUCGUUGGGCCUGUUUACUUGAAAUUCAAGGGCGUGCCUGUUGAUCUCCUUGUUUUCCUUGACGAAAAGGUCGAUGAAGUCGCAAACAAGUUCGAUGAGCAUGCUCCGCCUUCUGCCAAGCAGGCCGUGAUCAAAGCCCAGUCUAUGGUCCACAAAGCAUCGGAGGUAGCACAAUCAUUCAUACGCGAGGCCCAAGUCGGUGGCCCAUCAGCUGCCUUUCAUUAUGCAGGCAGCUUGUACAUGCAUUUGUUCUUGUGCGCGAUGGCGAGGUUAUGGUACGUGACCAACCAGAUUACAGCUCUCCACGUGCUGGCGCAGAUGGCUGUACCCACCGUUAAUCAAUUGCUGGAGAAAUACAACGUCGCAAUAGUCGAUUUGGCCGCCAAGGGUUACACUCUCUUCAGCCAUUUCCCUCAAAUUCCAAUAGAUGAGAUUGCCAAGGCGUAUAAGCAAGUUGAAGCAGAGAGAGGUCCUGCUUGUGCUCCUUGUGCAGCUGAAAAGGGAUCCCGAAUGGACUAGACAAAUGUAAUCUUUUGGGUAUGAUUUACAUAUAGGAUCCUUUUUCUUUAAUACACGAUUUGAGCAUCGAAUUGUGCUACUUACGCGAAGAGACUUCAUAUACAAUACCAUGGAGGAUGGUGUUGUUAGUCUCACUGCUAAUGGUCCAAUGAAAUUAUAUAUCUCGUAAGAUUAUAUA